AUGGCAGCAGCUGGCACUGCCGCAGUCGAUGCCUACAGCGCCAGCCUACCAUCUCUGCAGGGCCGCAGCGGGCGACAGACCAUGCAGGCCCUCAUGGCAGGCGGGGGUGCAGGGCUGGCCCUCGAGUCGAUUGCGGAGCACUAUCAGCGAGCCAUGCUCUUCAUGGACCGGCACCAUGCAGAGCUUAGCGAUGAGCAUCUGGCGGUGCUGGCGGGCUGGCAAGCGAUUGCAGUGGGCGCAGGUGCCCGGACCGCGGCCGCGGUGGCGGCGCAGUGCAUGCUUGUGAUGGAGCUCAACAGGGUCCAGCGCUGGCCGGGUGCAGAGUCGCUAGCGGAUGCCAAAGAGUGUCUAGACUUUGCCAGCGCUGCAUGGUGCCGCCUCUUCUGCCGGCUGCACGGUGGCGAGCUGCUGUUGGAGGCGCUCCUGCUGCAUGUCGAGGCGUUGGAGCAGGGAGAAAAGCAGGCAGAGCCUGCUGCACUGGCUGCCCUGCAGGCGCUGCACUCACUGGUCAGUGGUGCGGUGGGCAUGGAAACAUGCCUGUCCCUGCCCAAGUUCAUCCCUGCCGUGUGCCUGGCGCUGGAUGAAGACUUGCUGGCCUGCAGCGAAGUGGCGCUGCAGCUGCUGGCCACUGUGUUGCUGUACAACGGAAAGGGGUAUGCUGCCGUAGUCCAUACCCUGCUAGGGGAGCAAGUGCCGGCUGUGGAGCGCCCGGCCAUCGGCGACGGCGUGGUGGUGGAGGGGCUAGAAGGAGGGCUGCACUACCUGAGCUACACCGCGCGCCUGCACCGCAACCUCUGCAUGCUGCUUUUGCGCCUUAUGCAGGGCGGGCGCAGCAGCAGCAUCGACGGCACUGACGCGCUAGAUUUUGAGCUUGCUGACCACGCCAUCCGUCUCCUCACCAUCGCACUCAGCAGCCCCGAGGCGGCUCUAGGCCUGCGUCGGCGCCUGGCCGAUGCGGUGCUGGCUGUGGGCCUGCUCAAGGUGAUGGCUGACCUGUCGACCUGGGACAAUGCAGCGCUGUCUCUCGACGUAGACCGCCUGAAGGUGGCGGUGCAUGCCAAGAAGCAGGCGGCGGCAGUGGCGGUGCUGGACACCCGCCGUGCAACCAACAUUGGCAUCAGGAUCGCGCGCCUUAGCGCGCCCUGGCAGCGGGUGGCUGCUGCGGUGGCUGCGCUCGACCCUCAGCAGCUCCUGCGCAGCGCCGACGACAUAAGUGCUGUCAGGGAGUGUGUGCCUAGGGCAGAUGAGCUCAAGCUGCUUCGCUCUUUCUUGGAGGCUGGGGGGCAGCCCAGCUCGCUGUCCGAAGCUGAGAAGUUUGCAUGGGAGCUGGGCCAGGUGCCACGCCUGGCCUCCCGACUGCGCUGCCUGCUGUUGAAGCAUGAGGCGCCGUCGCAGCUCAAGGCCGCUGUCACCACGCUGGAAUGCUACUUGGCGGCGCAGAGGGAGCUGCGCAACUUCCUGAACCAUGGCUCUCGGCUUGGUGGUGUCGCCGGCUUCCGCCUGAAGAACCUCAACAAGCUGGCCGACACCCGGUCGCUGGAUGGCAAGGAGACGCUGCUCUCGUGGAUCGCCCGCCAGCUGGUGUCUGCCACGCCGCCGCUGGCGGUGCUGCGCACCGAGCUGCCGCACGUGGCCAGCCCGCAGCUGCGAGUCGCCGUGGACGAGGCGGGCAGCGCGCUCGCGUCUGUUGAGCAGGGGCUUGCUGAUGUGCGCUGUGAGCUGCAAUACAGCAGCAGUGAAAUGUGCGGCGUGGCUGGUGGCAGCGGUGCUGCUCUGCAGGCCAUGGUGUCAGACUUGGAGACACAGCUGGAGGCAGCCAAGAGGCUGCUACAAGAAUGCCGGGAUGGCUUUGCUGUCAUGGCCGCCUUUUUUGGCGAGAGCGCUUCAGCCAUGGCCGCGCUAGAGCAGGAGCUUUGGCUGCCAUUGCAGGCAUUUGUGGGCAGCUUCAGCGACGCGCAGGUGGCAGUGCUGCAGCAGCAGAAGGAGGAGGCAGAUCGCCAGCGAAGGCAACUGGAUCGCACGUCCAGCAGCAGCGGCCGCGGGCGCCCCACGGGCCCGAGCUUGCGAGAGCAGCAAGCAGCAGACAAGGCUGGCGGCGACCGAACCUAA